ACCAGCAACGUCUUAUUUUCGCUGGUAAACAACUUGAAGACGGUCGUACCCUUUCCGACUAUAAUAUUCAAAAAGAGUCAACUCUUCACCUUGUGCUCCGUCUCCGUGGUGGUAUGCAAAUCUUUGUGAAGACCUUAACUGGUAAGACCAUCACAUUGGAAGUUGAAUCUUCCGACACUAUUGACCAGGUCAAACAGAAGAUUCAGGAUAAAGAGGGUAUCCCACCAGACCAGCAACGUCUUAUCUUUGCAGGAAAACAAUUAGAGGACGGUCGCACAUUGUCCGACUACAAUAUUCAAAAAGAAUCUACCCUUCACCUUGUAUUACGUCUUCGGGGAGGUAUGCAAAUCUUCGUGAAAACCCUGACCGGCAAGACCAUCACUCUCGAGGUUGAAUCAUCAGACACUAUCGACCAAGUUAAACAAAAGAUCCAGGAUAAGGAAGGUAUUCCCCCGGAUCAGCAACGUCUCAUUUUCGCCGGCAAACAAUUAGAGGAUGGCC